AUGCAUAUGUAAUUGUGACAUAUAUUUUAUCAGAAAAAAAAAUGGGAAAUCAAUUGGAAUGAACACUUGUCAAAUAAUUGUAAAAAAAAUUGAUAUUCAAACGUAAUAAGUGAAAGUCUUGUAUUAUACUGCUAAAAGAAUAGGAAGCAAGUUAAAAAUGGGAAAGAAUAGGGCCAAGAAAAGCAGAAAGCGACAGAAAAGGCCAGCUAAUAAAAAUAAAAAAGUUCCACCAAGUGACAAUCCCAAUAAAAUGGCUAAAUUUAAAACACAAUCCAAAGGCCGAAAGACAAGUAAAAUACCAUUCCAAUUUUAUAACAAAUCCAAAAAUAUUAAAAAUCGCAUCCCAAAACCUUCAAUGCAAAGUCGCAUCGAAAUCGUGAAAGCAACAGGCAAAACAUUGGCUGAAAAUCUGAAGAAUAUUGUUGAUACUACAGCUAUUUCAUUAUUAUCAGUUAUAUCCAAAAAUAUCAUUCCCGAAAGUCGUGACGAUAAAAUACAAUCAACGAAAUCUAUUCAGAGCGGAAUUUCGACUGAGUCGACUUGUUCAAAAGCAAAGAGACAAUGAGAGUGUAAAAGAAGCCAACAAUUUAAAUUGAUCUUUCUCUGUUGUCAAAAAUUGAUCUAUUUGACAAUUUUCAGUGAACAUUAAAUUUGACAUUUGAAUUUAAUA